AGUGGAAACUGCGUGUGUGAGCAAAAAAUUGGCACUGUCGUGAAACGGGAUCUGCGCGCUUUCGGUGGCAGUGGCAUAGCUUAUAUUUAACCUUCAUAGUCUGUUGGAGAGGGUAGUUCUCGUGCUAAAUAUUUUGUGUGCAAAGUUUUCGAUCCUAUUCUACGCACGAGUGUUAAUUCAAGGAAAAUAUGCGGAAACUCGAAAGCUCUGUAUGAUCGUCGUCUGCUAUUUGCAACAUUUUUUCAUCAACGUCAAUAGUGAAACCACCAUUAAUCUGGGAAUGUAAAAAAACCAAGCGGAUGUCGUUUAGUGAUAUGUGAACCCACUCGCAGUUGUACUUGAAGAACAGCUCUGAAAAGCGUUAUCCACCGACCGUAGUAGUAAAAGUGGCAUGACCUCGAAAUUUAUUGUCUGUGUUUACAUUGAAUGCUCUUCCUCCCGUGUGCAAACGUUGAAAUCUGUGGAAUAACGACGAAUGAAGAACAAUCGAAAUUGAAAAAGUGUUAAACAAAUAAGUGAUUGUAGAAUUUGGGUCAACCCAGAGGAGAGAAUUUGUAUCAGCAACGUCAGGGUAAAGAUCUGGAACGCAUGUUGCAGAAAUGGUUUUCUUCAAUGCUAAAACGGUGUCUGCAGGUGAUCAUAUUGUUGAUCCUCCGGAUCAUGUAGUCGAUGAGAAAGCCAUCGUGAAAAAAAGCAUGAUGUCGAUCCAGGAGGAGCUUGGUCAGAUGGGCAUCCCGAACGAGCAACCACCACCGGCCUAUUCGCAAGCGAUCGCCGGUGACGAUGCCAACAACACGGACAGCAGUGUCGACAACACUAACGUGUGCCAGAACGGGUGGCCAAACAUACCGGGCGGGAUCCCAGGGGUAGCUAACAAACCGGCUGGUUUGUUCGACGGUUUGCUCGGCUGUAUGCGGCCGGUGCUGUCGCUCAUCGGCAGGACUCACAUCAUGGAGAUGAAGAGUAAACAGACUGAAGUUUGGGAAAUACCCUUCGAGGCAAUUACCGACUUGGUGUGGCUCGGCAGCGGGGCUCAGGGUGCAGUUUUCCGGGGCAAACUGCGCAAUGAGAUGGUUGCAGUUAAAAAGGUUCGCGACGUGAAAGAGACUGACAUCAAGCACCUGCGAAAGUUGGACCACGAAAACAUCGUAAAAUUCAAAGGAGUAUGCACACAGGCGCCAGUGUUUUGUAUAAUCAUGGAAUUUUGCCCCUUCGGACCGCUGCACCAGAUCCUGGCAGAUGGUGGAGACAUCGUAUCGCCCAACCGGCUGGUGUCGUGGUCGCAGCAAAUCGCCCGGGGCAUGCAGUAUCUCCAUUCGCACAAGAUCAUUCACCGUGACCUCAAGAGCCCAAACAUACUGAUAGGUGAGGGCGAGGUAAUCAAGAUCAGUGACUUCGGUACCUCGCGUGAGUGGAAUGAAAUUAGUACAAAAAUGAGCUUUGCUGGCACGGUGGCCUGGAUGGCGCCGGAGGUGAUCCGAAACGAACCCUGCAACGAAAAAGUCGACAUCUGGUCCUACGGGGUUGUUCUGUGGGAGCUGUUGACUGGUGAAGUGCCAUACAAAAAUGUAGAUUCGUCGCAGAUCAUCUUCGGCGUCGGCAAUCAUUCACUUUAUCUGCCAAUUCCGACCAGUUGUCCCGAAGGUUUCAAACUUCUGCUUAGACAAUGCUGGCACCCGAACGCACGGAACCGGCCAUCGUUCAAGAUCAUCCUCAGCCAUCUGGAGAUUGCCGGACACGAGCUAUUGCGCGAAUGCACCGAGGAACAAGGCUACUAUAAAACUCAACAAUCCUGGCGCAAUGAGAUCCAAGGUCACAUGCAGAAACUAGCAGUUAAUGGGCUAAAUAUACAGAAAUACGAGCAAGAGCUAAUUAAAAAACGAAAAGAUGAGGUGAAGCACGCUCAGGAUAUUCGAAUGGUUUACGAAAGGAAGCUUGAGCGGGCAAACACUAUCUAUAUGCAACUGAGCGCGUUUUUCGUUCAACUCGAGCAGAGGGAAAGGGAGAUUGCAGAACGUGAAAAGCAACUACCUGGCUACAGGGCGCGCAAGUGCGGUAACCUGUUGAAGCGCAGCGGUGAUAAGGCUAGCCGAAAGCGUGCUCCUUUCAACUUUCCAGCUGCAAUACUAGCAGCCAGCAACCAACAGUACCACCACCAGCAGCAGCAGCAGCAGGUCUAUCUUCCUUGUGCAGGAAUGCCGGUCGUUCCCAGUGAAUCUACGACACCCAGUCCAACAUCUCCAAACCAGAAAAAUUCUAUGAAGGCCACCCUGUAUGCUCAAUUAGACGGUAAUACUCACAAUCCCAAAUCGGUGGUUAUCAUACCUCCCGGCUUGGCUGCGUCCGGUGGUUCGACCUCAUCCGGGCGUGCUAAGAAAUUUCGCCAUCGACGCGUUGGCUCUGGUACGUUCAAUUCACCAAAAUCAAGUCCUAGUCGAGACAGACGGGUGCAGAGUGAACCGGAAACGAGACACACGCGUCUGGUCGAUACAGAAACACAAACUGAUGCGAUGGAUAUUAGUGAGACUGAUGCUAGCCCUAGUCCUAAUGCUGCCACCAAGCGUCUGUCUAUGACCCUGCGAGAGGACGAAGAAGAGCGGGCCAAAAUUCUUGAAAUCCCGAUGGCUGUGGAGACAGCCGCAGUCAAUAACCAAACAUACCGGUGUGGAAAACCCCAGUCCGAAGACGACGGAGAAGUGCCUGAAGAUGAAGAGAAUGGAAACUCAAUCUCCACUAUGACGAACAGUCGAAGUAGCGAUAUGCUAACGAGUAGCAACCAACAUCAGCAUCCUGAUCCCGAAGAUGAUGCCGAUGAUUAUGAAGAUGACGACGAGGAUCCACAGGUUGUUCGCUCAAGUCCGGACUUGAACAGCAACGAAAGGUUGGAUCGUGAUUGUAGUGACGAUGACAAAAUCAAUACGCUGGAUAGAAAAUUGAGCUUCAUUUCCGAGAAAUUGCAACAACAGAGUGUAGGUAACGGUGGUGGCAGUCAUGUACAGCAGCUGGCUGACUAUACUAACAUCCUAAACGAUAACAAUGUGAUUGUUUAUCGAAGCAACACCAUGAAGUCCAACGGCAGCAUCGGGAAGGCUGGAAAACGUGUGGAUAGCGCGAUAUUGUUAAAGCAUCCGAGUGCCGGUAGUAAUCUGCAUGUCGGUGGCAGUGCUGUUGGUGUUUACAUGUUCAGUGGAAAUGGCACGUCCGAAGACCUUCCACAUCUUUCUCCCCGACAGGCGAUCCAGACUGAAGAGAAGUGUAAUGAUAGCUGGACCGACGAGGAAGGAGAAGAUCCUAUUGAGCUAUACAGUUAUGCACUACGACGAAAAAGCGUUGCUCGCCUGCCGAUCAAACGUGGACGCCGUUGUAAGGUGACACCUAAUGCGGGAUCGGUAUCUGGAAUGUCUCAGCCAAUUGGAGCAACCGCUGGCGGAGACACUACUAACAGCAGCACGGAUUUGAUGUCACCGCUAGCUGGUGCUAGCUUGCCACCAGCUAGCAUUAUUAGUCAUAAAAACCAAGCCUCUAGCUUGACAAUUUCCGAUGAGGAAAAUACUUCCGAAUAUAGCCAUGCCCCUUCUAGCCAACGAUCGACACUUGAGAGCAAUCCGGAACUGCCGGCUGUUAUCAAACGACAAAAUCACCUUGGCAAACAACGGGUUAUGCAGAAAAGUACGACAUCGGCCAAAGAUACCGAUGAUGACGAUGACGAUGAUGGUGAUAUCGGGCUCGAUUCCAGUGAUUCGAGUUCCAGCUCGGACGAGGACAACAAUGGUGCUGGAUUGGUCAAUGAGCUUUCCGGUGCAAACAAGGACGUAGAGAACGGCAAUAUGUGUUAAGUAAAAAAGUGCGCGUAAUUGUGAUUAUGAGAGAUCUUUCAAAAAUUAGUUGAGAUUAAUUUCAUUUCUGGAUUUUUCGGUACUUGUGAAGCAAUAGUAUGUUUAAAAUAAUUAGAAGAGAGAUAGUGUAUCUAUUCGUUUUUUUUUGUUUCUUUUUGUUCUAUAUUUUCGUUAGCUUAAGGUUCUAGAUUACGGUUUCGUUCCUAAGAAGCGAAUCCUUUCUCUGUCCAGUCCGUUUCAGCAUUGUGAAAAAAGACUUUAAUUUAUAAUAAGCGAUAUUAUUGCAAAAUAAUUGCAUUAUUAUAUAUUAAUAUACAAAAAAGCAAAUUAGGUUACGUGUAAAAACCUUCUGAUUGAGAUAAGCAGGAAUUAUCUUUACGUAAUUCAGUAAAAAUAAGCUAAGCCAACAUAUAAGGUUAUGUAAGUGUGAAAAUACCUCUAUGUUUUGUUAACCCCACUAUGUAAAUUAUUGUUUCUUUUACAACUUUGAGUUUAUGAAGUGAUAAAACUGAAAAUGUCGCCGUUUUCUGUGUAUGCGUUAAAAGCAACGAUUAGAAACAAAUGUGAGUGAUGUAAAAUAAUAUACUAAUUACUAUUGAUAACAACUUGAAUUAUUAUGUAAACUAUUUCGUCCAACGCCGUGAUUUAAAAUACAAAACUUUCGGCCUUCGUUGCUCGUUUCGUCCUAAUUUUUCUGUUACAUGUUUUUUUUGUUCAAUUAAAUAUUGUUUGCAAUUCUCAUAAUAAAAAUGUGGCUCAGUAAAAUGAUUGUCACAUUCCAAUCCAGCAAAGUAUUGUUGCAAAUAUUUGAAAUGUACCUGCGUGGCUUAACCAUUGACAUAAACAAGCGUUAACCAAUCACCAUCUGUCGUCGAUAAAGAAACCACAAACUUAAUCAAUACAUUCAAUUGCUUCGAACAAUUCUUCUGGAAACAUUCCGAACGGUUUAACCGAUAACGACAACUGAUUGAAUAGGCUGAUUGUAAGUUAGCUUUUAUAUGUUUAAUGAGCAAAAAAAUAUUUUUGGAACAGUAUUCUCGGUUGCAAUUUUCAAUUGUCAAUCAACCGGCUAAAAAUCGAUAAAAAAUCUAGAAUUGAUGAUAUAGUAAAUACCAAAACAGUAUAUAUACAAGGAGACCUAAAUUUUGCAAUCGAUAACCUGCGCAUGUAUUUUUGAUGUUAUUUCAAAAAAAUCUACAUAAAUUUGUUUGGCGUUGAAAGUUGCAAAAAUAUUUUACGUGGAAUUCACCAGAAAUAAAGAGAAAGCAACGUUUUUGCUACAUUAAAAUCUGCGUUAAUUAAUAAACCAAAUUGAGCUGUACUAAAAAGAAAAACAAUACAAAAUUGUCAACAGUCGUAUCUAACGCAAAUUGUAUCUUAGUAACAUUGCUGAAGCAAACUCAUUGAUUCGUGCAAUGCUAGAAAAGAAAUCACGAGUAUUGUAAAACAAUUUUACUGUUAUAUGCUAAAAUCCAUCUUGGCAAGAUGACGCAAACGCAAACUGCGAAAGCAUGAA